UCAGCACUGGUCAGCGCGUAAAACAGCCUGGUGUCCAUACUUGUCUACCUCUACAUCGUGAGCACGCUUGAAAAAUUUUAGCACGCGUUUCGGAUUCUGCAUGAUUUGUUUGCAGCGUGAGAUUAUCACGCCGUUCCUCGUACGAGAACCAGCGGGCGCGUUUUUAUCAAGCUGAUCAAAUUGCUGAGCUAAUCUGUCGAAACGUGAGGCAAAAGAAUCGGAAAAAAAGCUGAACGUGUCCGGUUUAGUUGUACACCGUAACAGGUCAAGAUGCAGGAAUCUCAGCCGAAAAAGGGCAAAAAGGGUAGGAGAAAGCGCAAUGAUAGCGAGGACGAGGACAUUGAACAAGUAUUGGCAGAAUUGGCAUUGGAAUAUUCCGGAGAAAAAUCAGUUAAAGAGAACAAAAUUGAAAAUAAAUCUGAAUCACAAAAUAACGAAAAUAUUGAUGACGAAGAUAAAAAGAAAAAAGGAAAGAAGGAUAAGAAGAAGGAAAAGGUUGAAAAGAAUGACAUUAAAGAUGAAACUAUAGACAAUAAUAAAGUAGUACCAGAAUCAAAUGAUAAUGAUAUGGAUGUUGAAGUUGAAGUUGAAGUUGAAGUUAGUACUGUAAAAACAGCGGCACAAAAGAAAAAAGAGAAGAAGGAGAGAGAAAAACAGAAGAAAUUAGCUCAGAAGAAAGCGGAAGCUGCUAAGGAAACUAAUAAAAAAGGAGAGAUUGACGAAGCAACCGAAACUGCAGUUCCUGAUGAGAAAAAAAAUGAUAAAGUUACAUCUGAAAAGAAACAGGGUAGUGUAGAAAUUGACGGUGAUGCUGUCGAAGCUGAGGAUGGUUCGAAGAAGAAAAAGAAAAAAGGUGCUAAGGAAGAAACAAAGGAGAAAGGUAAAGGUCCUGGGAAGAAAACUCUUGCUGCUAUGCAGGAGACUUUAAGGAAAUUAAAGGAAGAGGAGGAGAGAUUAAAACGUGAAGAAGAGGAAAGAAUGAAACAAGAAGAAAUACGAGAGCAGGCAAGAUUGGAACAAUUGCGACUUGAGCAAGAGCGCAAGGAAAAAAAGAAGCUAAAGGAGAAACAACGAAAAGAGAGAUUGAAAGCGGAAGGAAAAUUCCUAACUACGAAACAGAAACAGGAUAGAGCCAGAGCGCAAGCGAUGCUUGAAGCGCUCAAAGCUCAGGGUCUUGAGUUGCCGGAUGUAGGAGAGAAAAAACCUAGACCAGGGACACGAAUUAAGCCGAACAAAAUGAAGCAGCAAGUUAGUGUAGAGAAAAAAGAGGAAGAAAAGAUUGAGGACAAUGAAACACCUGCGGCUCAAGUACAAGUAGAAAUUGUGGAUAAACCAGAGGAGGAAAAGGAGAAGAAAGAGGAAGAUGACGUCAAGGAUUCGUGGGACGCCGACUCUACCGAAGAUGAACAGGAAGAAGAGGAUAAAUCAGACGACGUUCCCAAAAUAUCUGAAAAAGCGAAAGAACCUGUUCAAGUAUCGAGUAUGACUGAAUUGGAAAAGAAGGAGUCUUCCGAAAGUGAAACGGAAAGCGAGAGCGAGAGUGAACCUGAGUUCGAGGACGAGAGCGACGAAGGUAGCGAGGAGGUGGAGGAUAAAAUACCAGACGCUGCACGUAAGAAGGAACGUGCGAGAGAACGGAUUCAGAAUCGUCGCAUAGAAGCUGAGAAGAAGAAGUCUUUGGACAACUUGAGAGCAGCUGUAGUUUGCGUCUUGGGUCACGUAGAUACCGGCAAGACCAAGAUUCUGGACAAACUCAGGAGAACGAAUGUGCAAGACGGGGAAGCCGGUGGUAUAACUCAACAAAUCGGUGCUACGAAUGUACCGAUUGAAGCUAUUCAGGAGUCAACGAAACAUGUAAAAGGCUUCGCUGACAAGAAAUUUAAAAUUCCCGGUCUCUUGAUCAUAGACACGCCUGGCCACGAGUCAUUUAGUAAUCUCAGGAGCAGAGGGUCUUCUCUUUGUGAUAUAGCAAUUUUAGUUGUAGAUAUUAUGCACGGAUUGGAGCCGCAAACUAUAGAAAGUAUCAAUUUAUUAAAAGCAAAGAAAUGUCCGUUUGUCGUUGCUCUCAACAAAAUCGACAGGUUAUACGACUGGCAGACUAUGAAUCGUAAGGACGUUCAAGACAUAGUGAAGAAUCAAGCACCUAAUACUCAGCGAGAAUUUGAAAGGCGAUCGAAGGAUAUUAUUGUACAGUUUGCUGAACAGAGUCUGAACGCAGCAGUGUAUUACGAGAAUCCGGAUCCUAGGAAUUACGUGUCAUUAGUUCCUACAAGCGCUAUUACCGGCGAAGGUAUGGGCAACCUGUUGGCUUUAAUAGUUGACGCCUGUCAGGGACCUUUGGCUAAAAGAUUGAUGUACAGUGAGGAGCUUCAGGCUACCGUGUUGGAAGUCAAAGCACUGCCUGGGCUCGGUACCACGAUAGACUGUAUUCUAGUCAAUGGAAUAUUAAGAGAAGGCGAUACAGUCAUUAUAGCUGGCACGGACGGGCCUAUUGUAACGCAAAUUCGCUCGCUUCUUAUGCCGCAACCGUUAAAGGAAUUAAGAGUUAAGAACGCAUAUAUUGAGCAUCGUGAAGUUAAGGCCGCUCAAGGAGUAAAAAUUGCCGCAAAAGAUUUGGAAAAAGCCAUUGCCGGAUUGAAUAUGCAAGUUGCACAGAAACCAGAUGAAGUGGAGGUCAUCAAGGAAGAAAUAGCGAAGGAAUUGUCGAGCGCUCUUGGAAACAUACGCCUGGCGGAACGAGGAGUUUACGUUCAGGCGUCAACUUUGGGAGCCCUCGAAGCGUUAUUGGAUUUUCUGAAAACCAGCAAAAUACCGUACUCCGGAAUUCGUAUCGGGCCGGUCGUCAAAAAAGACGUCAUGAAAGCUUCCAUCAUGUUGGAGCACGAUAGCCAAUACGCCACGAUUCUCGCGUUCGAUGUGAAGAUUGAGAGAGACGCGCAGGAGCUCGCGGACUCGCUGGGCGUCAAGAUUUUCCAAGCGGACAUUAUUUACCACCUGUUCGACAAAUUCACCGCCUACAGGGACGAACUGAAGCAGCGCAAGCGGGACGAGAACAAGCACAUCGCCGUGUUCCCGUGCAAGCUGAAGAUCCUGCCGCAGUACGUAUUCAACUCGAGGGACCCAAUCGUGAUCGGCGUGAUGGUCGAGGCUGGAAUUGUCAAGGAAGGAACGCCGCUCUGCGUCCCGAGCAAGGACUUCGUCGAUUUGGGCAUGGUGACUAGUAUAGAGUACAAUCAUAAGUCCGUGGAAUCAGCCAGAAAAGGUCAAGAGGUCUGUAUUAAAAUCGAGCCCAUACCGGGCGAAGCACCUAAAAUGUUCGGUCGUCACUUCGAAGCGAAAGACUUCCUUGUCAGCAAGAUAAGCAGACAGAGUAUAGACGCCUGCAAGGAUUACUUCAGGGACGACCUGCUGAAGACCGACUGGCAGCUGAUGAAGGAACUGAAGACGCUCUUCCAGAUACUCUAGGACACGAGGAGGGUCGCGGCCGCGAAAUUGUCCAAGGGCCUCUCGUUUAUCCGGCGGUUGAUUGAGAAAAAUCAGUCGGUCGGCGAGUUUCGAUAUCGCAAGGGUUACUUCGGGGUGUUCCUUAACCCCCCUCCGUCAAACGUUUCCGCGAUUGAGUCGUCGUGCCGAUUGACACCGUCGCGAUAAAAUAUAUAUCGGUAACACAGUACAUUCGAUAUAUGUCUGCUUUCCAUUCCGAUCGCAGAUCGACAUCUCUCGCCCUUUCUCAUGCUCUUGUCGCAUACAAUCUUCAAGAGUACGCUGUGAAGAAAAAAUGCGAUGACAAACUCGCAUGCGCCGCUCGCGGAUUUCACGGGUAAUUGACGGAGCAUGCGCUAUUGUGUUGGAUUCCGAUCGCGUUCGGAAUAUUUACAGUAUCGCGAUUCGGUAUUCUUGAAUCUUGCCGACCGAGAAGGAGAACGUGAAGUUAGUUGCAUCGGAGAGGAGCUUCUUGGAAGUGCGCAAUCGUGAGAAGGAGAGAAUCACUCCGGAUGGAACGUCGCGGACAGCGACGACGUUGUAGAUACGCCGAACAGGGAAGACAGAGACAAGAGAAAAUGAGAGGAGAGGAAAGAAGAGAAGAAGAAGAAGAAGUAUAAUGCUGAAGAACAAAAUCGAGCGAGAACCUCGUGUGUUUUGUAUAUGUUAAUCCCUUUUUAUGAUAAACAAAGUAUUGCGAUCGGAAAAUAAAGACUACACUUUUUCG